AAAUUCCAGUUCCCAAGAAAUACAAAUUGCUUACCGAACCAGUUCUUGCAUAAAAUUCUACAGUUUUUUCAUAGCAUAAACGUCCUCUUCUUAAUUGUUUAUGAACGGAUUCGGUGCUGCUAAUUUAGAGGAAUUGAAGUUAUAAAACGACAUGGGUUUUGAUUUGGAGUCGUUGACUGAUGCGACAUCAGGAGCUAUCGGUUCUCUAGUUAGCACUACCAUACUGUAUCCUCUUGAUACCUGCAAGACUAAAUAUCAAGCUGAGCUUGCAGCUAAACAUCAGAGGAGGAAGUAUAGGAAUAUCGCUGAUGUGUUUUGGGAGGCAGUUUCGACUGGUCGUGUUCUUUCACUUUACCAGGGCCUUGGAACAAAGAAUUUGCAGUCUUUUAUUUCUUCCUUUAUAUAUUUCUAUGAGUAUAGCUUACUUAGGAGGCUGUACUUAGAGAAAACCGGUAAAAAAACUAUUGGAACCAAGGCGAACUUGAUAGUUGCUGCUGCUGCUGGAGCUUGUACUGUCAUACUGACCCAGCCCUUAGAUACAGCAGCCUCAAGGAUGCAAACGAGUGCAUUUGGGAAAUCCAAAGGACUUUGGGAAACCCUUUCUGAGGGCACAUGGAGUGAGGCAUUUGAUGGCCUUGGCAUAUCUAUUCUUCUGACAUCAAACCCAGCCAUCCAGUACACAGCAUUUGAUCAAUUGAAACAGAGACUUCUGCAGAAGAAGCUCAGCAUAAAAUCUGUUACAGAUUCGUCUCCGGAAUCUCUAUCUGCCUUUUCAGCUUUUGUUUUGGGUGCAGUUUCAAAGUGUUUUGCGACAUGCAUCACAUACCCAGCUAUAAGAUGUAAAGUGAUGCUUCAGUCUGCAGAUUCAGAUGAAAAUGGGAUUACGGAUAUAGAACUGAGAAACAAGAGGACAGUUUCAGCUGUGGCAUCUGCCAUUUGGAAAAAAGAAGGCUUUUGGGGUUUCUUCAAAGGAUUGGGAGCACAGAACCUAAAGACGAUACUGAGCUCAGCUUUACUUCUGAUGGUAAAAGAGAAGAUUGCAAAGACUGCAUGGGUCCUGAUCCUUGCACUUACAAGGUAUUUUUCCGGAAAACAUGCCAGACUAAAGAGUGUCUAAUACGAGAAUCAGAUGCAUGAAUUCCUUGUAAAUCUCCAGUAUAAAAUAUCCAUAGUUGAAGGAAUUAUUCAUGAAUGCAUUAAAAAUGCAAUGGAUACUGAAUUUGUAGCAGAAAGGGGUCUAAAGCAGACUAAUUCGCCUUUCUACAAUCAAUAAUACAAAAUGGAUCUUAUUUAA